CUCUGAGUCAGGCGCCUCUUUUAAAGCACUGGACUCCAUUCCUGGGGUUAUCAGCUUUGUUUCUUGAGGGGAAGACAGAAGGAGAGCUGCCUCUGGUUGCCAUGAACUCUGCAGGCGGUAGCUGCGAGUCCCCGGACUGCAUGGGGGGCGAUGGUGUGCUCAGCCUUCACACUGAAGGACAAGGCAAGAAACAGGAUGGGGUGCAGAAGGAUCCCAACAGUAACAGUAACCUGGCCUAUGGCAUCCUGGAUAGCCCACCAUGGUAUCUCUGCAUCUUCUUGGGGAUCCAGCACUUCCUCACAGCCCUGGGGGGCCUCGUGGCUGUGCCACUCAUCCUGGCCAAGGACCUGUGCCUGCAGCAUGACCCUCUGACCCAAAGCUACCUCAUCAGCACCAUUUUCUUCGUCUCAGGCAUCUGCACCCUCUUGCAAGUGUUUUUAGGGGUCAGGCUGCCCAUUCUUCAAGGAGGGACCUUUGCCUUUGUGGCUCCCUCUCUGGCCAUGCUCUCUCUUCCUGCCUGGAAAUGCCCAGAGUGGACUCUCAAUGCCAGCCAGGUGAACACCAGCUCUCCUGAAUUCAUCGAGGAGUGGCAGAAGAGGAUCCGAGAGCUGCAGGGCGCUAUCAUGGUGGCUUCCUGUGUCCAGAUGCUAGUGGGUUUCUCGGGCCUCAUCGGCUUUCUCAUGCGCUUCAUCGGCCCCUUGACCAUCGCGCCGACCAUUUCCCUCGUGGCCCUGCCUCUCUUUGAUUCUGCAGGCAGUGAUGCUGGGAUCCACUGGGGGAUUUCUGCCCUGACCAUCUUCCUCAUCGUGCUCUUUUCUCAGUACCUCAAAAAUGUCAUGGUUCCUGUGCCAGUUUAUGGAAGAAGGAAGAAGUGUCACAUCUCCAGGUUCAACCUGUUUCAGGUCUUCCCUGUACUGCUAGCUCUGUGCCUCUCGUGGCUCUUUUGCUUCGUGCUCACUGUCACCAACACCCUCCCUGAGUCCCCCACGGCAUAUGGAUACAUGGCCCGUACAGACACCAAAGGCAGCGUCCUGAGCCAGGCCCCCUGGUUCCGCUUCCCUUACCCAGGGCAGUGGGGCCUCCCCACCAUCAGCCUGGCUGGAGUCUUUGGAAUCAUUGCUGGAGUGAUCUCCUCCAUGGUGGAGUCGGUGGGCGAUUAUCACGCCUGUGCUCGGCUGGUUGGUGCCCCACCCCCUCCAAAACAUGCCAUCAACCGUGGCAUUGGCAUUGAGGGCCUUGGCUGCCUGCUGGCAGGGGCCUGGGGAACUGGGAAUGGUACCACGUCCUACAGUGAGAACGUCGGGGCGCUGGGCAUCACCAGGGUCGGGAGCAGGAUGGUGAUUGUUGCCGCGGGCUGUGUGCUGCUGGUGAUGGGCAUGUUUGGGAAGAUCGGCGCGGCGUUCGCCACCAUCCCUACCCCCGUGAUUGGCGGCAUGUUCCUUGUCAUGUUCGGGAUCAUCAGCGCCGUGGGGAUCUCCAACCUGCAGUAUGUGGACAUGAAUUCAUCCAGGAACCUCUUCGUGUUUGGCUUCUCCAUCUACUGUGGGCUCGCCAUCCCCAACUGGGUGAACAAGAACCCUGAGAAGCUGCAGACAGGGAUUCUCCAGCUGGAUCAGGUCAUCCAGGUGCUCCUGACCACAGGCAUGUUUGUCGGUGGAUUUCUGGGCUUCGUCUUGGACAACACCAUCCCUGGCAGCCUGGAGGAGAGAGGCCUUUUGGCAUGGAGUAAAAUCCAGGAGGAUUCUGAGGAGUCUUCGAAGGUCUCAAAGGUCUACGGCCUUCCCUGGGGGAUUGGCACCAAGUUCUGCACAUCUUCAUGUACCCGACUCCUCCCCUUCUGGCCCAGGCUAGACCACCACAGAGACGAGGUGGGAGUGAGCCAGCUCACUCUGUGUUCCCAGACCUCCUCUGGAAAUCACCUGUGGAGUGCUACAGAAACCAAGAUGUGAAUAGAAUGCACAUUCCACGCCUCCCCCCAACCUUCUCAUAGCCAAACUCUGGCCUGCAAAAUGCAAAGAUCUAUGUUCACAAAUAGUCACACAAGGGUCCUUCCCAGGACCUUCCACACCUGGAUACCGUGGUGGCCAAACAGUGUUGAUGAAGAGCAUAAUCAGUAUGGAGCUGGCCCCAGGGCAUCCUUCUACUGUCUCCUGGCUCCAGAGUGGACGAGGGGUCUGGGAUCUCCACUAUUUCCCAGGGAGAAUCAGGCUUAGGUCUUCAAAUUUUGAUAGGCUCUGAGUCAUAUGAGCCAGGGAAAGGACCUCUCCCAACCCUACUUUAGACAACAGGAACUCUUUUUGCUUGACCAAACCCACUUUCAAAAGAAAGAAGCUUGCUCUUCGACAAUGCUCAGCAAUAUUCUGGUGGAUCAGGAGGAGGAGGCGUGCUGUGGAACAGGGGCGGGCUGUUUGCUGAAAGCUGACGAGGCCAGGCAGCCUUUAAGGCUAGCUGGGCGGCUUGGCAAGAUCCUGUCUCAAAAUUUAAAAAAAAAGUAAAAAGCAAGCUAGGGAUGCUGGAGAGUUGGCUCCAUGGUUAAGAACACUAGUUUUUGCUGAGGAUCCCAGUUCAAUUCCCAGUACCCACAUGGUGGCUCACAACCAUCCCCAGCUGCAGUUCCAGGGGAUCUGACACCCUCUUCUGACCUCUGUACCAGGAACAUAUGUGGUGCACAGAUGUACAUGUAAGCAAAACACUCAUAUACAUAAAAUAAAUAAAUCUUUUUUUAAAAAAACAAACAAACAAA